UCAAUGUCCAUUUCCACGAGUAAAAAGAAAAGAAAGCCUGAUACGAGGUAAAAUGAUGCAUUUGAUCUUUUAUCCGAUCGAGAGAUCGGUUGGUGGCUGUUUGGAGGAUCGAUGAGAAACGCCUACUCUGCGUCAAAUACGUUGAGCCACGUGAUUCGGUGCAGCCGCGUAUAUCGCGACACGCGCUUGUAUACAUACGUACAAGAGCGGAGCCAGUGGCAGUGACAGCGUCGGCUGCUGCGCCAGCUGAAACGAAAUAGGUGGGAGGGGUUAGCGCGCUAUGCGAACGUGUAUACUAGCAUAGACGGAUAUUGCAAAGGGAACGCGACGCCGACGGGGAAAACUAGUCGAGUGUCGACCAACGAAGGAGACGCGUCGUACAAGUUUUUUCCGCGAAGCUUUUCGUCAGGUGCCAUUGUUCCCUCGACGUCGACGCCGACGCUCCGACGCUCCGACGCUCAGACGCUCAGUCGCUCAACGAAACGCAUGACAACGUAAACACGGGACCAAGGGAAACGAUCGAGCCAGUGUACGGCUCGUCGUUUAGUCGUUAACGAAGAAAAGUCGGAAACGACAUGUGGCCGAGGUUUCGAAGCGGCGCGAACCUGCUCGCUAAAAAUACGUUCGGCGAACGAUCGAAGCGCUACCAGGAGCUUGGCGAAAAGCUUGUCGGGGAUCAGUGAUGUCCGAGUGCACAAGAUGCCAGUGAAAAGGUGCAUCCGUCGACCGGGCUUUCGGAGACGGUCAUGAUAUCACGGAACUUGACGAAUUCGGAUCGAGACUGCGUGCGGACCAUCUUUUCGUUACUCGCAGCUCGCGGACAAACCGUGUUCCGUCGCGUUCCAGACAUCGUCGACGGGGAAAAAUCGAAACGAGAGCCGUUUACCUCAGCCCGGACUAAUUCGCCAAACAGUGAACACAAACUAUUAAAAAUCAUGAAAAAGUAAUAACGGUGAGAACGGUGCGUGCAGACUGCGUACUUUCAGCACGAUAAGUUUGAUACACAGAGGUGAGGAAAAUCACGCCCAGCUGUGUUGGAGCCGCGGAAGUGCGUAAACGAGGCGGAACGAUCACAACUCGUGAACGGAGCAUGAACGCCGAUUAUCAGCUGUCCUGAUAUGAUGAAGCCAUCCACGAAAAUGGGGGUGAUAGCGUUGAUAGGUGUAUUCGUGGUGUUCUACCAAUAUCAUUUGUCUACCGGGGUUCGGUUCGACCAGAUGAACGACUUCAACACUGGUGGUUCCGCCGAGGACACUGCAGUUCUCUCUCAAGAGGACGUGGAGAGCUAUGUCAGGUCGAGCAAAUUGACGGAAGAAAUGAUCAGGAGCGCGAUACGCAAGGUGCAAGAAACGAACGGUCUCAGUCCAGACAUCGCGACGUCGCUGAUACAAGAGCUGAUGACUCAUCUGAACAAGAAUACGUUGGAAGUUUCCGAGAAUAAUUCAAAGAUCGUACAAGCGUCGUUGUCGUUGUCGUUGUCGACGCCGACGCCGACGCCGACAGCGACCGUUUCGAGUCAGCAUCGUUCGUCCACGUCCGACGAAACGUCGGAACCGCUGUACAUAAUCACGCCGACGUACCGCAGACCGGAACAGAUACCGGAGCUGACCAGGAUGUCGCACACGCUGAUGCUGGUCAAGAACGUUCAUUGGCUGGUUAUCGAGGACGCAACAAUCGCCACGAAACAAGUCACCAAGUUGCUACAGAGGACGGGAUUAAAGUUUCAUCACUUGACUGCCCCGAUGCCCGACAAGUACAAGCAAAAGAAGGGCGCGAAACCACGGGGAGUGUCGAAUCGCAAUCGUGGAUUGCAUUGGAUCAGAGCGAACGCAACGAAAGGUGUCUUCUACUUCGCGGAUGACGACAACACGUACGACAUCGCACUUUUCAACGAGAUUCGUAGAACAAAGAGGGUGUCGAUGUUCCCCGUAGGCUUGUGCACCAAGUUCGGUUUGAGCUCGCCCGUAAUUAAGAACGGAACGUUCGUUGGAUUCUACGACGGUUGGAUCGCUGGCAGAAAGUUCCCCGUGGACAUGGCAGGCUUCGCCGUGAGCGUAAAAUUCCUGCUUCAGAGGCCCAAUGCCACGAUGCCGUUCAAAGCUGGAUACGAGGAGGACGGUUUCCUCAAGAGCCUCGCACCGCUCGAGCCUAAGGAUAUCGAAUUUCUCGCUGACAAUUGCACCAAGGUGCUCGCGUGGCACACACAGACGAAGAAGAACGAGCCCAGCGCCCCGCUGGACUUGAAGUUGUACGGUGAAACGAACCUCGUCAAGUUGAAACAGCAAAUAGUAUGAUGUUCGAACCCGCAACGCAGCACGAGAGGGAUUUACAAGUUCGAUCUAGCUUUACGUUGCUUGGUACGAUGCUCGUGAGGGGAAUCCUUUUCCCAGUACGAUCAACAAAGUGAUUCAGUGCCUCAAGUAUUGUAAUGUACGCUCGGUGUAGGAAUGAUUUUUCUUUAUCUUUCUCUUUUCAAGGUAGCAACGGAAAGCCUUACGUUUACGAGACCAAAGCUCGAGGCUUGCAGUCUUGGAAACGACCGUGACAAUUUCCGAACGUUUUUAUUUUUAAGAAAUAUAAAUUUUCUAAUUAAAUGUGAUUGUACGAUAUCACUAUACCGUAUAUUUCAGUUUUUGCCAACGAUUUCAAUCGGAGUCGAAACGUCGAUGAACCGUAUAUGCUUGUUUACGAGACUGCAAGUUCCGGCUUUUAUUCUGUUAACCAACUUUGUAGGCGGUGCUGAAGAAAUGGUAAAAGACUGGUCUUCUCUGUAAUUCGAGAUCCAGCUCGAGCUGGACACUGAAGACAAACCAACCACCCCAAUGGCUAACGUAUACCUUUGUAUAGCCUAGCGUUAACAGUUAUUUUAUAUAAUAAUAUUUAGGUUUUAGUUACGGUAACUAGUACGUUCCCUGCGAACCAAUGACCAAUUAGCGCAAAAACAAACAAAAAUUCAGUUGGAAGUUAGACAAGCCAAAGACAUUACGAUAACGAGCCAGAGUAAUCGUAAAUCGUAAUAGAAAGAAUCUACCGAUGAGUACAAGAUCUUACAUUAUCUUCCGUUUCGAUUUACAAAUCGUUUAUUCUACUUUUUUUUUUGUACGUUUGCCCGUGGCCGUGAGUCCGAUACAUGACCAAUUAACGCGUAUCUUUUCAGAAACACAGAACUCGAUUAAUAGUCUAGACGAAUAACAGUUGUCUUUCUUGUACUUAUCGUUGUACGAAUAUUACAUUUCGGUAUGUAUAUUACCGAUGAGAGACAUUUUGUUUUACAGUGAAAUGCUUCAUGUAUCGGCUCCCUCGCAGACUAGCAUUCGUUUCAACUGUACAAACACUUUGUUUGUUGAGAUUUUUGUUCGCGUCAAAUCAGUAUUUCUUAUUCACCUUGGAAUUUCUUGUUUGCAUCGCAGUAUCUCUGGAUAACCAAAACGAAGUCGAAUCCUCGAGAAUUCGAUGCUUUCGUUCCGUGUAUCGACCAUUUCUUUUUCAGUUUUUUUUUCAUUUCUCGGGCUAUAAUUGAAUCACGCACAUACCGUCCGAUAUAGAGUAUCAACGGGGAUUCACAGAGUGCCGCUACAGGUUUUUUUUUUGUUUUUUUUUUUGUUUUUAAUCGAUGCCAAUGGCACGUAAACAGUAGCAGAGAGGACUUUUGUAUAAAUAUUCGAGACGUUAUAUAUUAAUAAUAAUAAUAUUCGAAAGCUUCGGGUCGAAUGACGAUACUCUCGCGUAUAUAAGAAACCAAAUGUAACAAUUUUAAUUUCGAUCAGCAGACAAGGUUAGAUUUAACCCAAGUAUCGACGACUGUAAUUUCGUUUUCGUUAUGCAGAGAUCUCUGUAUUUCCAUUUGUUUAAAAAAGAAUUGCCUAUAUAUAUGUACGAUAUAUGUGUAUAUAGUACGAAAUAGCCAAUUACGAAUGCAAUACGAUGAGUCGCUAAAUUAUCGGCGCACACCAAACAUUACAAAGCUAUGCAAGAUUUGUCUAUGCUUCUUAUUUAUUUAAGAAAUAUAAUGCAACAAUUCUUUCUUUUCUUUUCUUUUUUUUUUUAGUUUUACAAGUCCGUAGCGUAAAUAUACUUUCUCACGUAAAAACCAUAGCGAAAUCUUGUAUAGAUUGUUUGUUGAUAAUUUUGCGAUUUGCUGUACAAUGAAAUCGGCGCAAAAAGACUGUUAAGAUGCGCCGAGUUUUAAGGGAUUCUUAGAAAUUUCAUAAGGAAUAAUAACGCUCGUUAUACGGUCCACGACGACCGAAAAUCUCAAUCGUGGAGUGCAAAUAUUCAUAUCGAAUGCAUGCGUAGGUAGGGAAAAAAGAGAAAUACAAUGUAAAAAUAUUUCGAGAGAUCUGCGACAACGCUCUAGAAUUAAUAUGAAAUUUUUAAACGUCGUCAGUGGAGAUGAGAUAUGUAUAUCCCAAGCUUGCAGGUAUUUCUAGAAUAUCGAACGUUCGGACACUGUUUCAACUCUUGUCAAACUGGAACGUUCCGGUUUAGGGUUGCAGCUGAUCGCUUGAUUUGGUAUCUUAAUAUGUAACAUUUAUUACCAAAGUAAUGCGAGUGAUAUAGGGAAAUCUCUGAAUACGCAGAGAUUCAUCGAGAGUUUGUAAUUAUCAAAAGUCGCUCAAAAAAGUUUAACCUCUCCGCCCCUAUUGUUCGGGGGAAAAAAAUAGAUCUGAUGCUAACCGCGUCGUAUAUAUUAUAUAUUAUCUUAUCUUAUCUUAUCUUCUAGUCCAGUAACAUCAGCAUUGUCGAUCGUGCAAUUACAUAACACAACAUUUCUUUGAAAUUUAGGAAGGAAUUUUGAAUUCUUCCAAGAUUCGCCAUUGCUGACUUGGCGAUGAAACUAGCUGUACGACCGUAUAAUUAAACGUGCUUGUUCUAACCAAAAUUCAGUCGACGUUGCACAUAGUUUCGUUGAAGACCGUUUAAAAGGGCACAACGCGUAAACGAGUGGUUUUCGAACUUGUUUUGCGAGGAAGAUAAAAACAACAACAACCAACAAAGAAAGAAAGAAAAGAAAAAAAAGAUUACGUACGUUUAUUUCAAUCGAUUCAAAUAUUAAGUAAAGUUUAUCGACGGCCAAAUGAAAUGUUUGCAGCCUCUAGUUUGGAAAACGCUGAAAUAAAUGAUUGGAUCGAUUGUGUUUGUUGAUUUCUGCGACUUAUCUACGAUCUAGUUAAGCGAAGAUAUCAGUGGAAGCAAUAAACUCGUUAGGUACUGGCUCCUCGCGAGUCGCGUAAUUGUGCGAAUGGAUGCAAAUGACUUUAAUGAUUGUAAAAGUAAUGGCCCGUAAUGGCGCGUUAUACCUCGAAACAAAAUGGAAUUUGAAAAGCUUGUUCAACCCUUUCGAUAUAAUUUUGUUCCGUCUCUGUUCCAUUCGUUUCUCUUUCAGAAAUUAAUUGUAUUAUAUUAACGCUGGUUCACGGAGAUUUCUUAUUAGAUUUCUAUUAACGAAGCAAUGCUUUAAUAAAUGAAAUCGACGUAUGUCAGUGAAAUGAAUGAAUUAGGAGGGUUAGAUAAAAAUGAAUUUCGAUAUACUUGUUGGAAGAUUAAUUUUGGUUAGAGUAGGUAGAUGUGUUUCGCCAAGAGGAUAACGUGCCACUGUCGGUACUACCGUUUAAUAUUUAUCAUAGAAAAUGAAAAGGCUGCUUCGAGGUCAGCGGUAUCGACGAGUGUUUGAAUCGUAUCCAAUAGUAUUAUCUCAUCGAGUCGAGUCGAGUGAAACAGCACACGCGCGCUUUGGCUAGUCUAGCCAUACGUGCGUGUUCAAAGUUUGAAGGAUACAUACUUUGAAUUUGAAACCAUAGAGAUAUCAUAGAUAGAAUAGGGAGGACAUAGGCGUGGCUAACCAAGUCGGAAUGUCCUACUGUUAGAAAGAGAAAGAUAAACGCGGUAUUCUACGUAAGAAUCGUGAUAAUGUAACGAGAAACUAUUAAACUAAUUGUAAUUAUAGCUAACACGAAUAACAUAUGCUUUUAUUAAUGCGAAUGUAAUUGGUAGACAGCAACACACAAGCAAGAGAGAUUUUCUGUCUCUUUUUACCUGUGCUAUCACCUCUACUCUAUCCGUAAUAUCUCUAUGGAAUAGGGAGAUUAACUGCAAGGCACUAAUAGCUAAUUUCGACAAUAAAUGCGACACCAUUUUUCAUUUCUACCCUCUUUUUUAAAUCUUUUUGCGUAAUGUAGACGAGGAUGAUUUAUCGUAAACAGUGUCGAUUAAUAUGUAACAUACGAUUACCUAAUAAUCGAGUAAUCAUGAUUAAUCAGCAAAGAAUAAUUAUUAAUCAUGAUUAAUAAUUAGACACGAUUAGCUCUAAGAGAUUACAAACGUAGAUUAUGAUUAAUAAUUGCAAGUGAUCCAACGCAGGAGUAAUCGCAAAGUACAUAAGCAUUGUCCAACUCUCUGUGCGAUUUUCUAAACCUCUGGAUCACGCUCGUGUACGCUAUUACCAUUACAAAUCGUAUUAUUUACAUCGAUCGUCGAACGUAUACGCUUUCUAAUUAUUUUAAUCUCUUCCAAAAUUUCAAAUUCUUCACGAACGUAUUCUCAAACGAAGCAAUACAGUCUCGCCAAAUCCCUGACACUGUUUUCGUUGUUGUACAACAUUGAUAUCGAUAUUUUCGAAAACACCAGGGGUGUACGGAUAAUCAGUGAAUCCCCAUUAUCGACAUGGAUAACUGUCGACCGAUUCUCUUGGAUUUUCUGCUUCGAUUCAUCUACUCGCGUAGAUGAGCAAAUUGGAAUUUCGAACACUUUGAACUUGACCCUUUCAACCCUCCUUUUUUCUGUUUGUAUUCUACUCGUUUCUCUUUUCCAAAUUAAUUCUAUUAAAUUCUGUUAAAUUUGGGUUGGCUGUAUGUAUAUCAGAAACCGUAGCCGAAUCAAAAGAGAUUUCAAUGAGAUUUCUCUCUCUCUUUUUUUUCCCUUUUUUUUUUCUCCACAUAUGUUCCUACCUUAUCAAACGUAAAAGUUUUCAUUCGUUCAUCUUUUGUUUGAUCGUUAGUUAGUUAGUUACUAAAAAUAAUAAUGAAUACUUGAAAGAUUGAUUUUGGAAGCCCUAGAUGUAUCGCUGCUUCGAUUCGUCCGAUCGUUUGGAAUAACGAAAGCAGAGAAUCCGAGAGAAGAUCCCGUCUGUGAAGUACAGUGAAGCACAGUGAAGCACGGUAACGAUACUCGUAAAAGAGCAAACGAUAAAAAUAAAACGUAGACGUGACAGUGUAAAUGAGAGUGCAAUACAAUUAUAAGACUGACAAUGAGAAUGUAAGAAAGGUUUUUCUAAUGAAAUUUUCGAGGCUAACUUUUGAAAGCGUGAAACACGAAAAAAAUAUGAAUAGCGCGGUUUCGAAUAAUAGGAUAUUAAAUAUUUGAAUAGUCGAAAUCCAUCCAAACGUUUCGAAAGAUUUUUCGUACCGUUUCUACUCGCGUUUUACGAGUAUCGUUGUUUCGAUCUACACAUAUCCUAAUUAUGGCAUUAAUGAAUAUUGUGCGAUACGCGUAAGGAUUUCGAUUCGUUUUUUCUUUUGUUUGUUUUUAUACGAACUUUUACACGGUUCGAUAAGUACAAAUUACAUCGAUUGAUUUUAGUGGAAUCGUUUGCUAGUCGCGUUACGUUGUUAAAGUUACCGUAGAAAUGCUGUGAAAUAAAAAAGAGAAAGAAACUGUCGCGUAUGAGUGAUAAUUCACGCUUAGUUAGUUAUUUACUGUUCCUUAUAGAGAAAUGUAACAAAAGUAAAAGUAAUAAAUGAUGAUGUGAUAUUCUAAUUUACAUAA